AUGGUGGAUUCUACUCUAUUCACCGUACGGCCACUGCCUCCUACAACCUCAUUGGAUGGUGCCUUCCGCGUACAUCUCACAGCAAAAGACCUUGAUCUCCUUGGACUCAAGCUGGGCGAACUUUGUAUUCUGCAUUCAGGCGAUGGCUCAUCUGCCGUGGGUAUCGCUUGGAGAUCCAUGGAUACGAGCGUGAAACCCCAGCUUCACCCUGUCAAACUCUCUGAGGCUAUGCGCGAUGCCUUUGGAUUCAAGCUUGGCAGCCAGAUUACCAUUGAAAAGAUCAACGCAAAAAUCGCCCAUGCCGACCGCGUUGUUGUCAUCGAUGUUUCUGAUAGCGAAAAAAUCGAUCUUGCCAAGGAUGAUAAAAGCUGGAAAUGGCGUUGUGGUAUGGCUCUUGGUAAUGUCGAGGCAAUCACGACUGGUGUGGCUUUUGAGGCCUCGUCUCGUAAAGGUCUGAGGAAACGCUUCCUCAUUGAGCACAUCGAAUCGAGUGAAUCUAAGGGAACACCUGCUCUGUAUCUGUUUGAUGACAGAAGUCAGAUUGUUCUCCAGGAUGAGGCAUCUGCAGUAACACCGGAGGCACCCCUGCCCCGUUCGAUGGCCGUGACUCCUGAGGGCAUUGGUGGGCUGAAUAAGCAAAUCGAACUACUCAACAAGCGUUUGUCACGUUUGAUCGGUGAUAUCAGAGGAAGAAGCCUGCCACCUCAAGUCCAACGCAAUGGAGGUAUUCUUCUCUAUGGCCCUGAGGGAACUGGAAAAACACUGCUACUCAAUCAUCUAUCAACCCAAGCUCCAUGGAAGAAGGUCGUCAGAAUCGAUCAGAGUGCGCUCGCCGGAACGUCUAGCAAGAACCAACUCUCCGUACGAAACCUCUUUGCCGAAGCUGUGGCUCACCAGCCCAGUCUAAUCAUUAUGGACAACCUUGAAGCAAUUGCCGGUACACAACAACGCGAUUACACUGCAAACAACCUCGCACCCGCUUUGGUUGCUGAGCUCGACAGACUACGAAACACACACGUCUUGGUUGUGGCUGCUGCACACAACCCCAACGACGUCGACAAAUCACUCCGCACGCCUGGACGUCUUCGCUACGAGAUCGAGAUACCAAUUCCCGACAUGAAAGCCAGAAUUCAGAUCCUCAAGGUCAUGCAAGGAGAGACCGGUACUGCUGAGCUCGCCGAGGCCAUCGGAGAGCGCACGCACGGUUUCGUCGGACAGGACCUGGAAGCCCUUUUCAACAACGCUCUCGAGCAUGCCCUUGACAGAUACCAGGAAAGGCCUACUAAUUGGCUUCCCAUCCAGCACGCUGAUGGAGACGACGACUCUCAACGAACAUUGGUCAAUGGCAUGCAGAACUGCAACAUUGUUGACAGACCUCGUACGGCUGACACCGAUGACACGGACGAUGGUGAUCUCCAGGUGACACUCGCAGACUACGAAAAAGCGAUGCUGGAAGUCCGUCCGACAGCCAUGCGUGAAAUCUUCCUUGAAACUCCCAAAGUACUGUGGUCCGACAUUGGAGGUUCAGGAGAUGUCAAGAAGACGCUGAACGAGGUCGUAGAGUGGCCCCUCAAGUUCGAACAUCACAUGCAGGCUUUGAGCUUGACUCCUCAGAAGGGUAUCCUGUUCUACGGACCUCCUGGAUGUUCCAAGACUCUUACGGCUAAAGCUGUGGCAACAGAGUCUGGUCUCAACUUCAUUGCUGUCAAAGGUGCCGAGCUUACUUCGAUGUAUGUUGGCGAGUCUGAACGCUCAGUCCGCGAGGUGUUCCGCAAAGCUCGUGCUGCUGCUCCUAGCAUCAUCUUCUUUGAUGAAAUCGACUCUAUCGGCUCAGAGCGCGACUCCUCCGGUACCAAAGGUCUAAACGUGCUCACGACCCUGCUCAAUGAGAUGGAUGGUAUCGAGAGUCUCAAGGGUGUGCUCGUCUUAGCUGCCACCAACAAGCCUGAGGUGCUGGACCCCGCUCUGCUGCGUCCAGGUCGUUUCGACAGCCUUAUCUAUAUCUCUCCCCCAUCGCAAUCUGCUCGCAAGGAGAUCCUGCGCAUUCGCACCAGUAACGUACCCUUGUCCGAUGACGUGGAUAUUGACGACCUGGCUGUUCGCACAGAUGGAUUCUCAGGAGCUGAGAUUGUCGAAAUCUGCUUGAACGCAUGUCGUGCGGCCAUGCGCAGAAGGGUUGCAAUAGUCACUUCCCACGAUCAGAGUGAUACCUCAUCAGACGUCGAACAGAUGAAAGUGUCGAAAAAUGACUUCGAUAUCGCCCUGUCGACGGCGGUACGUAGGAUCACUCCAGAAAUGACCGAAGGCUAUGAACACUGGCGCGAUGGGCUUACUAAGAAGCUCUAA